AUGCUCGGUCUAUCUCUUCUCUUCCUGUUCGCCAUGAGCAUGGCCACAGCAACCCCUUCUGACCAGGCAACCUACGUCAGCAUCUUUGACAUCGUCGAAUCGUCAGAAUCGGCCGCCGUCCUCAAGGUCAUGAUCGACGACUCUCCAGGCUACUCGUACAUCGACCUUGACCUCAGCGAUAUCAAUCUUCUCAGAGUCUCGGUCUUGCAUGGUGAUGAUGAUUCGGUCAUCUCUCGUAUGGAAGCGCCAACGAACUCAAAAGCCGCUGCAUUCCAAAAAGCAUUGGAUGCCGAAGCUGCCAGUCAAUCACAGCAAGAACCUUUGGAGCCAGGAGCGAUGGAUUGA